UCAGCUGUUCUCCUGAUGUCAUUCGAUUCGACAACAAUUCUCAUUGCUCAUUGCAUCUUCGUCAAGAAAAUAUUAUUUUAGCUUUGUUAAAAUAAAGCACAGACUAUGGCCAAUUUUAUGCAAGACAGUGUUGUUAAAUAUGCCUGUUCUUGCGGCAUAUUGCAUCCAAUUAGUAAAUUAUUUUUUUGUCGUCAUUGUCCCAAGCUGAGGUGUGGUUUUUGUGUUUGCCACGAAGUGGAUUCGAAUUUUUGUUCCAAUUGUCUGGAAAAUAUACCCUCAUCAGAGGCAAGGAAAUUGUGCAACAACUGUGCCAAUUGUUUUAACUGUCCAUGUUGUCUGCAUACCUUAUCGGCCAGGGCCACCACUGUGGUAGUUCAGAAAAAACCCGAUGAAGCCUCUAGAGAUGCUGAGACCACCGCUGGAGGCAGUGCAGAUGCCAAGCCUGACCCAUCUAAGGUGUUUACAAAGAAAAUGUAUUAUUUAUCCUGUUUGUCAUGUCGUUGGACCUCACGAGAUGUUGGUAUUCCCGACCAGUCUGUGGCAACUGGUUCUUGGCCUGACAACGAAUGUGCUUAUCAAAGUCGCUUCAAUGCUUUGGCUGAAUACUAUCAAGCUGUUGUUCAACAGGAUAAGCAAGAACGUCAAGAAUAUCUUCGACGUAAGACUCCCAAAGCUCAUAAAUUUCCUAGUCUAACUGAUCGCACUGGUCUCACUGUCUCAAUCAUACGACGCCAAAUGGGCUGGUCCGAUAAGAAUACUCAAAAAGCAAAACCGGUAAAUAUUGCCGCGGCCCAGAACACUGAAGAUGUGGGACAACUACCUGAAAGUGUUUUUACGCAGAAAAUCAAUCUUAGAAACAUAACCACAAUUAAACAACGUCACAAUCAACCAUGUGAGCAACCAUUUACCAUAACCAAAUUGUAUCCCCAGCGACGUGGUCUUUGGAUUAAACGUUCUUUACGCUGUCGCGAAUGUGAACAUAAUGUCAUUAAACCAGAAUAUCAUCCAACUUCGGUUAAAUAUCGCAUACAACUCUUUGCCAGCUAUCAUGUGCCCGAUGUGUUGCUGGUUAAAUGUGAUCAAUUGCUAAAGGCAGGACGAAUGAAUUCCAUAACCUUGAAAUUGAGUAAUCCUACUAUGCAUGACAUGGAAAUUAAUAUUGUGGAAUUACCCACUAUUGAGGAUGAACUUAAGUUGAUAGAAGAAUUUAAACGUUCUUGUGCUCUGAAAGACACUUCAUUGACAGCAGCCACGGCUAUGGAUUCACUUAAGUCACUCACUGGUUCGCCAAGCUUAACUGGCGCCAACACUUUGGCCAACACCUCGUUGGUCAGGCAGACAUCACUGCAGGAGGAGCCACGCGUCGUUAAGCAAAAGACAAAUAGUAAAUUGCAACCUUUGGAUGCUAGUUUCAUUUUAAAUCUAAGAGAUGACUCAAAGGAAUUCGAUGAAGAGACGCAAUCAAUAACUAAACAAGAACCAGUAUUUAUUGUAUCACGUAAAUCCAAUAAAGUAUGGUUGCGAUUGAAGUUCACUCCGGACGAACAAUUGAAGAAAGGCGAUGAUGUCUAUGUUGGCUUCAAUAUGCUUUACACCUAUGUAAAUACGGUCACCAAUACACCCGAAAAGAAGGAGCCUACAACUCAUGUUUUAAAUUGUCGCGUUUAUAUAAAGGUCGGUGCUAUUGAGGUAUAAACUAUUUAUAUAAACUAUUUAUUUGUCUAAUAAGUAUUUAAUGCAUAUUCAACAUUUUCUUAAGCUGUAUUACUUAUCUUUUUUUUUUUGCAACAUAUAUAUGUAUAUUUAAUAUGCUAUGAAAUAAAUAAAUGAACUACUCUAA